UCUCCUGUCCCGCUGCUCCGUCUCCAGUCUCUCCGGGGAAACAGCCAUGGAAGGCGACAACAUAAUAAUGCCCGUCUGACUCGGCGGAGGAGGCUUUUCAAGAUGCCAGGCCGUUUGUCCAGUCCUGUGUGUCUGACAGUCAUCUGGUUUCUGUCCUGGUCGCUGCAUCUUAGUUGUGCUCAGAUUCGGACUGAUGAAGUGUCAGGCGUGCAGUACGGGCACUUGGAGUCGAAUGUGACACUGGCAUGCGGGAAGUCGCAAAUCAGGAUGCCUGUGGUGUGGCAUCUCAACCACAGCUCCGCGCUGCCGUGGCACGAAGUGACAUCCAACGGCACCUUGGUCCUGCUGCAGGUCGACCACUCGGCACAGGGCAUCUACAGCUGCUACGAUAACCGCGGGCUGCUCCUUCACUCUGCCAAACUCCGGCUUGGUCAUUCCCCCGGGCUGCUGAGUGUUUCCUGUCGAGUGCCCAAUCACACACACGUGCGCUGCUCCUGGGUGGACUCGGUGAGGACCUUCCUGCCAGCCCAGUACAAUGCCUCCUUCAAGGGUAACGGUCCCGAGUGGAGGCCGUGUGUCCUGGAUGUCGCCCGCAAGCAUUGUGAUGUAGACCACCCCGCCUUCUGGCAGACCCUUCACACUCUCCGAGUCACGGAGACCAACGCCCUGGGGUCUAUGACCACAUAUCACAUCGUCAAGCUAGACAAGCUAUUGAAGCCAGACCCUCCAGAGGCCUUGAUGGUUAAGGCACUAGAAGGUUAUCCAAAGAGGCUGAACGUCUCCUGGAAGGUUCCCUCCUCCUGGCCGGAGGAGGUUGCGUUUCCCCUGGUGUUCCACAUCAGAUACAGGCCACAGGGCUCUGUGUACUGGUCCGAGAUCUACUCGGAGGAGAGUCCAGUUGUGGUGUUAGACGCCCUGGCUGGCCACCUGCACCAGGUGCAGAUUCGAACCCGUGACGAGCUGGACACAGAGAGCCAGUGGAGUGAAUGGAGUCCGCUGCUUCUCAUCCGGCCCUGGGAAGCCUACAUCACCUCGAAUGACCCCACCGAGGAAACAUUAUCAGACAAUGUUGAUCCCUUCAACACGAAGCUUGAGACCUCGACUGCAAAAACACACAAUCCUGUGAUUGAAGAAGGUAAUUUGGGUUUGGUGAUUUUGCUGGUUUUGUUCUCCGUGGUCAUCCUCAUCACCGUCCCCUCCCUCAUCUAUGUCGUGUGGGUGAGGCAGACGCGGAGUGAUCCCGUGACCAAACAGGAACUCACCUCUAUGGUCAAGAUGAAGUCCAUGCCGAUUUAAUGUUGAUUUCCAGGAUCUACCCAUCAUCAGCCCGUUCUAGGGCUCCUCACAUCACGAACCACGCUGCGUCCGAGUCCUUCCGAGAUCCAGGACGACACACACGGAACUGCAGAGUGUAUACAAGCUGACUGAAGGGUUUUUGCACAAAUCACAUGUGCAGGAUUUUUCCUGGACACAUUCAAUGCUUACACCUGACUGCACUUCCCAGAAUGCAUCAGCCGACUCCACUUCCACUGUCCAGGGGGGGACACAGAAAACGUGUCUUCGCUCGCUUCACCGCAGCCCUCGCCUCCACAGACUGUGGGAGCGAUGCUGCACCAGGACAAUCCAGUUCACUCACAACCGACGCUGCUUCAGGUGGACUGACCCCUCGACCCGUUCAGGGAGAGGGGGGUGACCUAGUUUUUUUUAACCGUUGAAACUUUUAAGUAACAAAUGAUUACAGGAAGUGCAGCUGCCAAACAGGAGAACAGAAGAUUUUAUUUUCUUUGUGGGACAACUUGCUUCUCCCCCCCCCCGAUCUCCUCACUUUCAUGUUUUGUAUUUUACUUUUUUGAGAUUCAGAUUAAUGUGUGUCCGUUACUACACCGACCGACUCAACGCUGUGAAGGAAGCUUAACAAGUCUCUGUUUGCGUCUGAUGCCAAAAGCAGCAACUACGGGCAUUAUGGUUUCAGCUGAGGGGGCAGGAGACGACCUGUUCCCCGCUCCUGACCUGAGGGGGGAUGGGCACGGAGCAUAAGGUCCAGGGUGGGUGGCCCGGGUUAUUUAGACUAUAUUUCAUUUUACGACAAAUGAUUUUACAUGUUGCAUGACGUGCUUGUUUUAAUUGUCUUGAUGUCAUUAGUACGCGUCACUUUGUUUUGUUUUUGUUUUACCUCUUUUUCUAUCAAUCCAUCCACUGUUCCUGAAUGUGUGUGAAGAAAAGACGCACACGAGCAGAAAGAGAUCAGAGACGAGAUAUGGGCCUGUCACAGAGCACCAGCAUUACGACAUUACUUCCAUAGUUAGUCAGAGAAUAUUAGAAUAUAGUUAUUCUGCUAAUACUUUAAUACUAGACUCCAAAGAAACAUUACUUUGUUCUUUGUAAAUGGUUAAAUGUCAUUUUUUUCUCAAAGAGAUUAAACAGCAUCUACCUAUUCAUGGAUAGAAUUUAGACUCAAUCAAAUUGAAUCAAAUCUGAUUAUUUUUCUCUAUCAUCAUAUAAAUAUCAUCACUUAAAGUAAAUAGUCAAAAACAAAAGCAAAUAAUAAUUCUGCAUCGUCCAAGAGGAGGUCUUCAAAUUGCUUUUUUUGCUUAUUACACAGAUAUUAAGUUUAAAAGAUUUGACAUUUGAGGAAAAACCUGUUUCAGUUCAUUGUCCUCGUUACAACAUUAAACAAAUUAAGUUAAUCAGCCAUUUUAUUACUCAAAGAAAAAGUAUGGCCACAAUAUAAUUUACUGCCUAGAGACCAUUUCAAGGUCCAGUGUGUAGGGACGACUGUUGAUGGGGGGGGGGCAUUGACACAGAAUCGAUAAGAAUGAACAGCUCCAGUGAAAGUUUAGACCUGGGUUAAGUUAGAGUUAAGGUGACAUGGCAAAGAACAGGACCGACAAAAUACUGAACUGUCCAGCUUCCACUUUGAAAGUCGAGCAUGGUUGUGUGUGGGCGUGUGCACGAGAAGAGCACUGAGACGAAGACUUGACAAGAGCGACUCUCGCUCACUGGACUCGUGUGUCACAAACCACCAGCUCAGUGGGAAAGAACGAUUUCUUGGUGGUUGUUUUUAAAGAUGGAUAACAUUGGAUAGCAGUUUAUCUUGAUCGCCCCCUGGUGGCUGGCUGCAGUAUCGGUCAGAAACCCUGCCUACAUAAAUACACAUUAAAUAAAUGUGUCUAAGAUGUGUUUUCAGUCAAUUUAGGUGAUUCCCAUCACACCGAUGACAAAGUGCAAGAUGGCAGCACCUGGACACAGAAUGUUUUAUUAUCCAUCUUUAUAUACAGUCCAUGGUUUCACUGUAUGAAAGACUUACAGUUCAUUGUUCGUGGUUUAAUUAAAACAUUUCUUUCCUCCUCUUGUUUCUGUCGGUAGGCUGUUCUAUGUUCUGUUGAUCCAAAGCUGUGUAGGUUUUCAGAUGGACAGAUUGUGUAGUAGUUUGUAUCAGAAACACAAGGUGCAUAUACGUCGACCUCUUUCCAGUUUGACGACUGUAUGUUCUCUCAAGCUAGCUCGACAUAUUAUGCAUGAAUCCAGUUGAAGCUUUUUUUUUGUAUAUUAUUGUAUAUCACACUUAAAAAAAAAAAAAGUACAUAUGUAUGUUAUACGUGAUGUUUAUAUGUAGAGAAAAAAACGUCUUUGGGAUCGUUUCACACACAUGGUUUAACUCAGUCGGUAGAUUAGCACAGAUCUCCCUUCACGCAGUUUGGUAGAAAUUGGGUGGUAGUUUCUGCUAACAACAACAACAACAACAACAUCGACUCAGGUGGAAACAAAACCUCAUUUGCGUAGUUAUUAGAAUCCAGACUGUAUCAUCUUCUAGGUUUCCAUAGAACCUGUAAUAUCUGUAACAUUUCAAUGCAAAUUAUUUUAAGUGACACAAUGAAAAACAUCUUCCGACUGAAAAUAAUCCAUGUCUGCAGAAACGUCCCCCUGUUGUGUGUUUGUGUCCUUUCUCCCCAGUUAUAUGAAGCUGUUGUUACUGUACAUUUACUGUAUGGACAAUGUGUUUACUGAAUUCAUCUUCGUCCAACGUGUGUUCCUAAGUUCACUGUUCCCUUCCUUCACGUCUUUGUUUUCAGAUGAACCACAAAUCAAUCUUUAUUUUUUUCCUGUCUCAACUCUCACAGAGAGAGCAAAACCCUUUUAUUUUUUGAAAAGCUAAAUAAAGUAUAGAUGGAUGUUAAAACAGGAUUUGAAAAAUAGCAAUUAGUUUUUAAUAUAGUUUUAAAUACAAGUAAAAAUCUAUAAAACCUUUAAACUAAAAUACUUUUAUAAUAUACUUUAUCAAUUGCCAAAUUAACAGAGCUAGUUAUUUUAUUAAAAAUUUAGAUUUUCUGGAACGAGUAUCUUUUUUUUACAAUUUAAACAGCAAAAAAAAGGCGAGAAUCCUCCCUAAAAGAUCUUUUUAAGAUAAAAUUAAAUAUCGACCAUUCUUCACAUUGAGUUUAAUGUUCUUGUCAUUUUGUCACUUCUGUAUCAUUUUCUGUUUGUGUGAAUGCACUUGUGGUUUUUCCUCCGUCUUCUCCAUGAUCCUCUGCAGUAUGUGACAGCAGAUGGAGCCUCUGCUGGUUUUAGUUCUUAUGACUCAAAUUACACUCAGGCGUCCAUUCUCAGAUGUACAUAGUCUUUUUUUUUUUUUUUUGCUUCAUUGUGUACGACAGAUUUCACUAUAAGCUGCUUGUUUUUUUUCUCCCCGUCUUUGUAUGUUUCUGUGAAAUAAAGACUAUUUUAUCACAA